GCCCGGCCCGGCUGAAAAGGAGGGCUCGCUCGCCCGUCGCCCCCACCGCCGGCAUCCCGCGAGCCCCGCCGGCGUUGCUCGUGGUGGGGGCGGCGGGCAGAGCACCAUGGCCGUGUCGUGGAGGAGCUGGCUGGCUAAUGAGGGGAGCAAGCACCUCUUUCUGUUUUUCUGGCUCUCACUGAACGUGUGGUUCUUCUGGAAGACCUUCCUGCUGUACUGCCGAGGGUUGCAGUAUUACUAUCUGCAUCAGAUGUUAGGGCUAGGAUUGUGUGUUAGCAGAGCUUCAGCAUCUGUCCUCAAUCUCAACUGCUGCCUGGUGCUGCUCCCAAUGUGCCGCAUUCUCUUGGCCUUCCUCAGGGGAUCUCAGAAGGUUGCCAGCAGGAAGACCAGAAGGCUGAUAGACAAAAGUAAAACUUUUCAUGUGACAUGUGGUGUUACAAUAUGCAUCUUUUCAGUCUUGCAUGUUGCUGCUCAUCUGGUGAAUGCUCUUAACUUCUCUGAGAAUUACAAUGAAGAUUUUCUGGCAAUAAAUGCAGCAAAUUAUCGUGGUGAGGACCCAAGGAAACUGCUUUUUACUACUGUUCCAGGUCUGACUGGAGUCAUUAUGGUUUUAGUGCUAUUCCUAAUGUGUACAGCAUCUACAUACGCCAUCAGGGUUUCAAACUAUGACAUCUUCUGGUAUACCCACAACCUUUUCUUUGUCUUCUAUAUACUGCUGAUGCUGCAUGUUUCCGGGGGAGUGCUCAAGUACCAGACCAACUUAGAGGAACACCCACCUGGUUGCUUUAAUCCUAACAGAACGCUGCUAGGGAAUAUGACAGUGCCGAAGCCUUUUGAAGAGCUGUUUCCUGACUAUACUAAUGAGCCUUUCCCAGAGGACUUAACAUUUCCAGAACCCCUUGUACAAAGUAACUUUAUGAGAAUUUGUUCCAAGGAACCCAAGUUUCAGUCGCACUUCCCAGAGACUUGGUUUUGGAUUUCUGGACCUCUGUGCUUGUACUGUGUAGAAAGACUGUACCGCUACAUCCGCAGCAACAAGCCAGUCACAAUAACAUCAGUGAUAAGCCAUCCCUCCAAUGUCCUCGAAGUAAGGAUGAUCAAAGAUGACUUCCGAGCAAGGCCUGGUCAGUAUGUUAUUCUACACUGUCCGAGAGUGUCUGGACUGGAAAGCCAUCCAUUCACCCUUACAAUGUGCCCUACAGAUACCAAAGCAACGUUUGGGGUCCACCUUAAAGUAGUAGGAGACUGGACAGAAAGAUUUCGGGAUUUACUGCUUCUACAGUCAAAUCAAGAUGCAGAGAUUCUGCCCAUCUUUCAGCAGAGGUGCUAUCCCAAACUGUAUGUGGACGGACCUUUUGGAAGUCCCUUUGAGGAAUCCUUGAACUAUGAAGUCAGCCUCUGCGUGGCUGGUGGUAUUGGAGUUACACCAUUUGCAUCAGUUCUCAACGCUCUGCUUGAUGACUGGAAAUGCUACAAACUGAGAAGACUCUACUUCAUCUGGGUAUGCAGGGACGUCGAAUCUUUCCGCUGGUUUGCAGAUUUGCUCUGUAUGUUGCAUAACAAGCUCUGGCAAGAGAAUCGACCAGACUAUAUAAACAUCCAGCUGUACCUCAGUCAGACAGAUGGAAUACAGAAGAUAAUUGGUGAAAAAUAUCAAGCUCUAAACUCAAGGCUUUUGAUUGGACGACCCCGGUGGAAACUCCUUUUUGAUGAAAUAGCAAAGUAUAACAGGCGGAAAACCAUUGGAGUUUUCUGUUGUGGACCAAGCAAGAUGUCUAAGAUACUUCAUAAACUGAGCAACAGCAGCAACCCUUACGGGACGAGGUUUGAAUAUAAUAAAGAGUCGUUCAGCUGAAAGUCUGUUGGACUUGGAAGAAUCUCUAGAAGAUAAAAGUGCAAUUUUUUGUUCGUAUAACUUUAAAGUUCCACUGUGGUUUAAACAGAAAUGUACCAAAGAGUAGCACAGUUUUUCUUAUUUAUGAUUAUUUAAGACUCUGGAAAAUGAUGGAUAUGGCAGUAUACCAACAAAUAUUAAGUACUCAUGCUCAAAGCCAAAUGUGCUCACACAGUAUUUGUGGCAGCGGUGAUUCUUUGGAAUUGUUUCUGUUAAUUAAAAAGUACUAAUGCUGGGGAUAAAUGCAGUUGCUUUAAAAGCCAGUGGAAGAAAAAUCUGUGGAAUGUUCUUCCACUUCAAUCUUCUGAAGUUGGAUCAAUAAACGAAACCCCCAGGUUAAUCCAAAUGACAAGUCAUAGGGCAUUUCAAACAACUGUUGCUUUUGUUGGCCUAUAGACCUUGUGACUUUGGAGUGCAGACACUCCACAUUCAAGGUUUUAUGCGUUACAAAACUGGGAUUCUGUAUUUCAAACAUACUCUGUAAUGGGUAUCGAUAUUCCCACUUUGAAUAGAGGAGAGAGGGAAUUUAGGGGAAGAUGUAAAUCAACGUAAGGAAAAGUGAGCACAACAGCCCUAGCACCUUUGGGCAGUCUCAGCCAUGAUGUAUAUCACAGCCUUUUGGCAAGGAAACAGCUGUACCUGGAAAACUCAGUAUCUAGCAUCAAUUCAGCAUUCAGUGAGUUUGCAGAAUAAGUGUGAUUUAUGCAGCCAGAAAGAUGGAGCAAGAAAAGCGAUUAACAGGAGGAGACAGGAUAUGAUGUUUUAUUAUACCACAGGCUCAGCAUGGAAGUUGCACUCACUUUGCACUCACAUGCCCUGAAUGUCAAAUACUUACAGCAUUCAGAUGUUCUUAGUGAUUAAUGUACAAUGCAGCAGGCUGAAAUCCUAUUUUAGCAGUUGUGGAAUGUCUUUGGUUGACUGCGGUCCUUUGACUACCAUUGCUAUAGUCAUGCUUGUUCAGUCUCACUGAUCUCUUGUUUGUUCAGUCCCAUUGGUGUCCCUGAAAGCAGCAUUAGUCCAGAUCUGCAGCAGGGUAGGAGUAAAGCUUUCUUUACUAUGGCUCUUUGCAUCUUGUGUACAGAUACAAACUUUGCAGGAUUUGCAGUUUUCAGUGUGUUCUAAAAGGGAGGGUCUGAAACAUCCAAAUUUAAGGUCUUCUUCCCUUCUCAUUACCACAGCUGCUUUCCUGACUUCUCAUAGUUGCCAUGAGGUUGAAACGGACACUUCAAAACUUCUUUGAUUCAGAGUAGCAGCAUUUUACUUACUCAAUUCGGUAGCCAAACCAAUUUCUCUUAUUUUCUCUUGACCUUCUUUCUCUUACUAUUUUGCCAAGAAAGGGACAUGUAAGCUGGAGUCAGUCGCAUAGUUGGCAUAAAUACACCUCAUUCUAGAGCAUCUUAAUACAACAGCAUUGCUUUACUCUUGCUGAAAACCUGGCCCUUCAGCAGCUGCUCAGGAGCAAAGCCUGUAAUGUCUGCAGCAUAUGCAGGUCUAUGAUUGCUCAGCAUCCCUCAUAGCACAGUUCACCUGUAUUUAGCACAGUGUAUUUGAUUCAGCAUAGAGCUUUCCAAUGCAUGCAUUUUUCAUUUUAGUAAAAACAAAUCAGUAAUUUCUCACAGCACAGGCUCUAUACAGGAUUCUUCAAGUAUGGGUUUCAGCGGACAGAGGCAAGCUUCUCUCUGGUAGGUGGUGUUGUGGCAUGUUGUGUGUGUAACUAGUGAACGUGUAUUUGGUCUUUUCCAUGACAGUUUCUGCUCAGGAGUUGCUCAAAAUGGUGCAGCUGGAUUCAGUGCAGCAGCACGGCCCCGCAGGGAUGUUUUUUACUGCCUGGACUUUGCACUGAAGUUCUUGCCUCUGACUCUGCUCAAUUUGAAAUUGAGGAGGGAAGGGAAGAGCCAGAGAUGGACUAAUUUCUACUGAUGAGAAUUAUUUAAGUAGCCUAGAGGAGAGAGAACCCAAAAUUGAAGUGUGAGAUGGAAGCCUACACUGCAGCUUGUGAUUUUUAUUUAUUUAUUUUUUUUAAGUCUGAAUCAUUAUUUUCCCAUUGGAUCUCCUUCAUCUUGUCCCUAUAAACAAGAGGUACGCAGAACAGUACCAGUUCUUCUUUAAUUAUUAAUAUUUUUCCUUAUACUGCCUGUGUGGAUUUCAUAAUAAGCACAAAACUGAUGACAAAAUGCAUAAUCAGGUAUUGCCUGUAUUGCAGGCUUUU